CCCCUUCCCCCUUCCUCUCCACCCUUUCCUCACCCCCCUCACCCCCCUGCACCCUUUCCUCACCCCCCACCACCCUUUCCUCACCCCCCUUUCCUCACCUGACCUAAUGUGCGACCACACAUGGGGAAGACUCGCUCGCCCGCCCACGGAGACAUGUCGACUUCGCUGUUUAUAAAGUCUCUCCGUGACCACCACUCGACACCCAUCUGCCAGAACACCAACAAACCGAUCAACAUGUGCGAGUGCCACCGACGCUACCGCAAUGCCAACGGGAAUGCGGGCGGGAGUGCCAAUGGGAGUGCCAACGGGAGUGCCAACGGGAGCGCCAACGGGAAUGGGGCCGUCCCGACUUCUCCUUCUCCUUCUUCUCCUUCUCCUUCUUCUUCUUCGUCCCCUUCUUCCACGGCCUCUUCCGCCUCUUCUUCCUCUUCUUCCUCCUCCUCCUCCUCCUCUUCCACAUCUUCCUCUACCUCCUCCUCCUCCACCUCCUCGAGCGCCCCGAACCUCCACCACCACCACCACCUCUCGUCCUCCACCAAGUCACACCUCCCCGCCCCGACCAAGUCCCCCUCGAGUUGCGUGAACGGCGUCGGCCACAAGCAGGUCCUGAAGGAGAAGCUGAUCGGGAACGAGAGGAACGCCAAGAACGGCACCAACCCGACCGCCAGCCGCUACAGGAACUACAAGGGCUCGCCGAAGUGGAGGAUGGACGGCAAGCGGCGUUCCACCUCGACGGAGUCCGUGUCUUCGUCGCGGUCGGAGAAAUCGGACAAGGGAAAGGACAAGAAAAUUCAAGAAAAUUCGCACCAGAUUUCCUCGCAUCAGAAGAGUCCGAGACGUUAUUGCACUUGCAAAUGCACGCCAUGCUUCGCUCGAUCCGGAGGGAAGGUCCGCUGGGGCGUGGCGUUCAGUGCCAGUGCCAGGGAUGGUGCCAGAGACUCGGUUUCUGAGGGAGUUUGA